CCAGAGGGCACCUUCGGCGGCCCCUCCCCGAGCUGCCGGCGCGGAAGGAGUCGGGGCAGCGGCGCGCGGGGCGAGCGGGGCGCACCGCACCCCGAGCGCGGCGCCCUUGAGCCGCACCGCGGCGCAGGUCCGCGAGGCGACCCGGCCCGCCAAGAGAAGGAAGCGCCGUCCCUUCCCGCCCGAGCCGGCUCCCCACCCCUCGCCCCCGGCACCCCGCAGCGGGCGAGCGGCGCGGCCACGGAGGCGCCGAGGAGGGGCGAGCCGCCGCCCGGCAGCGGCGCGCCUUCGGGGGACAGGGCGCCCGAGAGGCGGCGGCGGCGCGGCGCGGAGGGCGCGACCCGCGAUGGCAGCUGCUUAGCCCGGCGCGCGCGGAGCAGCCCGGAGCUGUGGCUGGCCAGACGGGGCGCCUGGGCUGGGGACCCCGCCGCCGCCCGGCCGGGAGAGAUGAGCGCGGAGGCGGGCGAAGGCAUCACUUUCUCCGUGCCACCCUUCGCGCCCUCGGGCCUCUGCGCCGUCGCCGAGGGUGGCAGCUGCCGGAGGGGAGGCGCGGCGCCGGCGGCCGAGGGCGAAGAGGACCAGCUCCCGCCGCCGCCGCCGGGCAGCUUCUGGAACGUGGAGAGCGCGCCCGGCCCCGCGUGCCCCGCCGCCCCCGCCGCGAGCAGCGCCACCCGCGGCAGGGGCAGCUCCGGCGGCGGGGGCGGCCGGCGGACCACCGUGGCUUAUGUGAUCAACGAGGCGAGCCAGGGGCAGCUGGUGGUGGCCGAGAGCGAGGCCCUGCUGAGCCUGCGGGAGGCGUGCGAGGCGGUGGGCGCCACCCUGGAGACCCUGCACUUUGGGAAGCUGGACUUUGGGGAGACCGCCGUGCUGGACCGCUUUUACAAUGCAGAUAUUGCUGUGGUGGAGAUGAGUGAUGCCUUCCGACAGCCAUCCUUGUUUUACCACCUUGGAGUGAGAGAGAGCUUCAGCAUGGCCAACAACAUCAUCCUCUACUGUGAUACCAAUUCUGACUCACUGCAGUCACUGAAGGAAAUCAUUUGCCAGAAGAAUACUAUGUGCACUGGCAACUAUACCUUUGUUCCUUACAUGGUAACUCCACAUAACAAGGUCUAUUGCUGUGAUAGCAGCUUCAUGAAGGGGUUGACAGAGCUCAUGCAACCAAACUUUGAGCUGCUUCUUGGACCCAUCUGCUUACCUCUUGUGGAUCGUUUCAUUCAGCUUUUAAAGGUGGCACAAGCAAGUUCCAGCCAGUAUUUUCGGGAAUCUAUACUCAAUGAUAUCAGGAAAGCUCGUAAUUUAUACACUGGUAAAGAACUGGCAGCUGAAUUGGCAAGAAUUCGGCAGCGAGUAGAUAAUAUUGAAGUCUUGACAGCCGAUAUUGUCAUAAACCUGUUACUUUCCUACAGAGAUAUUCAGGACUAUGAUUCUAUUGUGAAGCUGGUAGAGACUUUAGAAAAGUUGCCAACCUUUGACUUGGCCUCCCAUCAUCAUGUGAAGUUCCAUUAUGCAUUUGCACUGAAUCGGAGAAAUCUCCCUGGAGAUAGAGCAAAAGCUCUUGAUAUUAUGAUUCCUCUGGUGGCAAGCGAAGGGCAAGUUGCUUCAGAUAUGUACUGUUUAGUUGGUCGAAUCUACAAAGAUAUGUUUUUGGACUCUAAUUUUAUGGACACUGAAAGCAGAGACCAUGGAGCUUCUUGGUUCAAAAAGGCAUUUGAAUCUGAGCCAACACUACAGUCAGGAAUUAAUUAUGCGGUCCUCCUCCUGGCAGCUGGGCACCAGUUUGAAUCUUCCUUUGAGCUCCGGAAAGUUGGGGUGAAGCUAAGUAGCCUUCUUGGGAAAAAGGGAAAUUUGGAAAAACUCCAGAGCUACUGGGAAGUUGGAUUUUUCCUGGGUGCCAGUGUCCUGGCCAAUGACCACAUGAGAGUUAUUCAAGCAUCUGAAAAGCUUUUUAAACUGAAGACACCCGCAUGGUACCUCAAGUCUAUUGUGGAGACAAUUUUGAUAUAUAAGCAUUUUGUGAAACUGACUGCAGAACAACCCAUGGCCAAACAGGAGCUAGUGGACUUCUGGAUGGACUUCCUGGUUGAGGCCACCAAGACGGAUGUUACUGUGGUUAGGUUUCCAGUGUUAAUAUUAGAACCAACCAAAAUCUAUCAGCCUUCAUACUUGUCUAUCAACAAUGAAGUUGAGGAAAAGACAAUAUCUAUUUGGCAUGUGCUUCCUGAUGACAAGAAAGGUAUACAUGAGUGGAAUUUCAGUGCUUCUUCUAUCAGGGGAGUGAGUAUUUCUAAAUUUGAAGAACGAUGCUGUUUCCUUUAUGUGCUUCACAAUUCUGAUGAUUUCCAAAUCUAUUUCUGUACAGAACUUCAUUGUAAAAAGUUUUUUGAAAUGGUGAACACCAUUACUGAAGAGAAGGGGAAAAGCACAGAAGAAGGAGACUGUGAAGGUGACUCCCUGGAGUAUGACUAUGAAUAUGAUGAAAAUGGUGACAGAGUCGUUUUAGGAAAAGGCACUUACGGGAUAGUGUAUGCAGGUCGAGACCUAAGCAACCAGGUCAGAAUCGCUAUCAAGGAAAUCCCAGAGAGAGAUAGCAGAUACUCCCAGCCUCUACAUGAAGAAAUAGCAUUGCAUAAGCAUCUUAAGCACAAAAAUAUUGUCCAGUAUCUGGGCUCUUUCAGUGAGAAUGGUUUCAUUAAAAUCUUUAUGGAGCAGGUCCCAGGAGGAAGUCUUUCUGCUCUCCUUCGUUCCAAAUGGGGCCCUCUGAAAGACAAUGAGCAAACAAUUGGCUUUUAUACAAAGCAGAUACUGGAAGGAUUAAAAUACCUCCAUGACAAUCAGAUAGUUCACCGGGAUAUAAAGGGUGACAAUGUGUUGAUUAAUACCUACAGUGGUGUCCUCAAGAUCUCUGACUUUGGGACAUCAAAGAGGCUUGCUGGCAUAAAUCCAUGUACUGAAACUUUUACGGGUACCCUUCAGUAUAUGGCACCAGAAAUAAUAGAUAAAGGACCAAGAGGCUAUGGGAAGGCAGCAGACAUUUGGUCUUUGGGCUGCACGAUCAUCGAGAUGGCCACGGGAAAACCACCCUUCUAUGAACUGGGAGAACCACAAGCAGCUAUGUUCAAGGUGGGAAUGUUUAAAGUCCACCCGGAGAUCCCAGAGUCCAUGUCGGGAGAGGCAAAGGCAUUCAUACUGAAAUGUUUUGAACCAGAUCCUGACAAGAGAGCUUGUGCUAACGACUUGCUUAUUGAUGAGUUCUUAAAAGUUUCAAGCAAAAAGAAAAAGACACAACCUAAACUUUCAGUUCUUUCAGCUGGAUCGAAUGAAUAUCUGAGGAGCAUUUCCUUGCCGGUGCCUGUCCUUGUGGAGGACACCAGCAGCAGCAGCGAGUAUGGCUCAGUUUCUCCUGACACAGAGUUAAAGGUGGACCCCUUCUCUUUCAAGACAAGAGCAAAAUCCUGUGGAGAAAAAGAUGUCAAAGGAAUACGGACACUUUUUUUGGGCAUCCCAGAUGAAAAUUUUGAGGAUCACAGCGCCCCCCCUUCCCCUGAAGAAAAAGAUUCUGGAUUCUUUAUGCUGAGAAAAGACAGUGAAAGGCGGGCCACCCUUCACAGGAUCCUGACGGAAGAUCAAGACAAAGUCGUGAGAAACUUGAUGGAAUCUUUGGUUCAGGGAGCUGAAGAACCUAAACUAAAAUGGGAGCAUAUCACAACCCUUGUCGCAAGCCUCAGAGAAUUUGUGAGAUCCACUGACCGGAAAAUCAUAGCCACCACACUCUCUAAGCUGAAGCUGGAGCUGGACUUCGACAGCCAUGGCAUAAGCCAAGUGCAAGUGGUGCUCUUUGGUUUUCAAGAUGCUGUCAACAAAGUUCUUCGGAAUCAUAACAUCAAGCCACACUGGAUGUUUGCUUUAGACAGUAUCAUCCGAAAGGCGGUACAGACAGCCAUUACCAUUUUGGUUCCAGAACUGAGGCCACACUUUAGCCUCGCAUCUGAGAGUGAUACUGCUGACCAGGAAGACUUGGAUAUAGAAGAGGAUCAUGAGGAACGGCCUUCAAAUCAAACUGUCCGAAGGCCUCACCCCGUCAUUGAAGAUGCUGUGGCAACCUCAGGGGUGAGCACGCUCAGUUCUACUGUAUCCCACGAUUCCCAGAGUGCUCACCGGUCACUGAAUGUACAGCUUGGAAGGAUGAAAAUAGAAACUAAUAGAUUACUGGAAGAAUUGGUUCGUAAAGAGAAAGAACUACAAGCACUCCUUCAUCAAGCUAUUGAAGAAAAAGACCAAGAAAUUAAACACCUGAAGCUUAAGUCCCAACCAAUAGAUAUUCCUGGAUUGUCUGUAAGUCACCUAAAUUCUUCUGGCACAAAUACUGAAGAUUCUGAACUUACUGACUGGUUGAGAGGAAAUGGAGCUGAUGAAGACACUAUAAGUCGGUUUUUGGCUGAGAAUUAUUCACUGAUGGAUGUUCUCUGCUAUGUUACACGAGAUGAUUUAAAAUGCCUGAGACUAAGGGGCGGGAUGCUCUGUACACUGUGGAAGGCCAUCACUGACUUUCGAGACAAACAGACUUGACGGUCCCCCAUUUGUUUCCAGCUUUCCAUGGAGGUUCUAAAAACAAACACCGAACGGAUCUUCUUAGGAUUCAGAGAAUCGAAGGGAGAGGAGAAAGAAGCUGCACUUUAAAUCCAGUAUUUGUUUACUCAUGUUAAAAAAAAAAAUAGACAAAAAUACACUGAAAUUUCCUAACUGCUCCUAUUUCUAUAAUUCAUAAGAACUAUCAAAAUAAUCCUAAACAUUAUCAUGUUUAGGAUUAUUUUAGCCUAAACAUUUUAAUGGAAAUAUUUUUAUCCCAGCAGCAAUUGUACUUCAGCCAAAUGUUUAUUUCACACAAAAUGGAUAUGACAUUUCAUGUGAUUGUGCAUCACUGGAACAAAAACAAAAUGUGACCAUAACUUUUUAGGCUUAUGUGUGCUUGUAAUAUGCUCUGGUAAUCUGAGUAGAAAUGCAUAAUUUCAAUUAUUGUAUAAAGUUUAUGUUUUUUAAAUGUGCAGUAUCUGAAAGUAAUGGUUUUUAUCUACUUAUCUGUACUAAUUGUAAUAUUGACUAUAUUUUGUAACUUAAGUUUCUGGCCCAUAGUACAUUCAUUUGAGUUGUUUAUGUACUACUGAACUGUACCAGUUGCACAUGCCUGAAUCCUAGUAAUGUUAGCUUGUUCUAAAGCUAUCGUUGUGUCAUACUUCCCCUAAAAAGUAAAAAGACUCUCAACAUACUGCUUUGAUAAAUUCUCAAGAAUUCUUAUUUUGUUUUGACAAACUAGAUAAACUCCUGUGUCAAAUUCUAGUUGUUUCUUCAGCUAUGUCUUUCAAUAGGAUCUGUCUUCUAGUCAAGUCAUCAAAGCACAGCUGAUAUCUGGGUUGUUCCUCAGGACAUCAGGGUAAGAAAGAAGGUGGAGAAAAAGAAUAAAAGAAAGCAAGUGUGUUUUCUUUAAGCCCCAAGUUACCGUGAAUGAUUAUUGUGUGUCUCAAAGGUCUGCAAUGGCAUCCCAUAGAGAACACUACACUUUCUAUUAUCUUAAGUUUUCCUAUUGCCAGGAAAUAUUUUUAUUUUAACCUGAAUGUUAUAUUUGAUAAGACUACCCAACUAAUAGGAUGAAGUCUACAGCUCCUAGAUGGAUAAAUGAGAUAAAUAAAUUCCUAAAUAUACAGGACCUGUUUAUUAUGCAGAAUAGAAAUAAAACAGCUGUUUAUGUAUCAUGACUUGAUCCAUAUAUAGUAGUCUUUGAUAAAACAGAAGUCAUCUUUCGUUCUAUGUGAACAUCAAGGUAAAUAUCUUUUACAUUAUAUUAGCAUAUACAAAAAAGUCUCACCAUUAUUUUCUCAUUUGAUACUUGCAACAAUAUAGCUGCAUUUUUUUCCCCUUCCAUUCCUGAGGACAAAUAGUUAUCUCUCGUAUCCUUCGGGGAAAUUUCAAAGGUGGUGAAGUGUGAAUUAUGAUACUCAUAUUGAAACACUAGGUAUCCUCUUGACUAAGCCAGUUCUCUCUUCAAUUCUAUGGUUUAGGGCUUCUUUUAGACCCUCCAUAGGAUCAAGCUACCUAUCUUCAACCAGCUCUUUUUUUUUUUAA